CGCCUCGCGGGAACCGUCGGCGAGGCUGCAGCCGCCCUCAUGGCCCUGCCUAGGGUCCAGCAGGAUGACCACCAUUUUGGUACUACAGAUGAAGGUCAAUCAUUUCAGUUUCAACCUUCUGCUUCCCGUUUCAAAAAGGCUGAAAAGAUUGAAUCUAUAAGAAGGGCAGAAAAACUAAAAAUUCUAAUUGAUAAUAUAGAAAAAGAUCUAAAUAGCCAUUUCUGCAGCAAUAGGAAGAACUUCAGGAUUGAGCAUAGUGUGAUGGCCAAGUUCAACAGGAAAUUGACUAACAGCAGGGAACUAGAAAGAACUUCACUGCUCAAACAAUUGGCCACAAUACACAUCAGUGUAGUUAACAUUCAAAAUCGGCUAAAAGAUGUAACACCUACACCCAAAUUUGUUGAAAAGAUCAAAAUAAUGAUGACAGACACUGAAAAUGCAAUAGAUGCUUUCAAAGAAAAGCAGCGACUGAGAUAUGAAGAUCUUAUUAGGGAGGAGAAAACACUUACUAAGGAGCUCAAUGUUUUAAACAGAAAAAUUGAGAUGUGGUCAUUGGAUAAUUCAGGAGCAGGGAAAGCUUUGAGAGGGCCAUCGAGCAAAGUUUCCAUUGAUAAAGGGAUGCAGAAUAAUCUGCCCAAAGAAGUGGUGAAGUUUGAAAAAUUCCUCCAGCAUACAGGCGGCCGACAAGGGGGAUGGGAUGUUGAUGAUCAUCAGACUUUUAUGAAAGUGAAAACCAAACAUCGAAGAAAAACAUCCUACAUAGAAGAGGUCCUUGAGUAUCUCCCAGGAAAGACCAGAGAAGAUGUUCAACAGCAUGAGACUUGGUAUCAAGAAUAUCUGCUGUUGGAAAGAAGUAAAAAAGAGUCUAUUCAGAAGUGGAAAGCUGAGAAGCAGCUAAAAAGAGAAGAAAUCUUAAAACCCAAGAAGGUACUUAAGAUAGAUAAGACUCAGCAAGAAUUAGUUCAGAAACAAAAAGAGGAAGCGAGAGAAAAGCAAAAAAUGGCAGUUGAAGCUUGGAAAAGACAAAAAAUGGUGGAAAUGGCUAUGAAACAUGACCUUCAGUUUAAAGAAGAGGAGAAGCACAAGAGAAAGCAGCAGAAAGAUAGGCAGUCCCAGCUUCAAGUAAAACAACUCCUUGAAAAGUAUACUGAAAAGAAGAAGCAAGAGGAAUUUCUGAGACACGAGAAGGAGAUGAGGAAGAAGUCUGAAAAAGAAGCAAGGAGAAAAUCAUCCGUAGAUGAAAUUUCCAAGUUUCAAGAGAGAGAUCUACAUAAACAUGAAUUUAAAAUGUUAGUCAAACAAGCAAAAGAAGAGGAAAAGGCAGAAAGAGAAAGAAGACUUUCAAAAUUGAGACAGAAGGUUGAAGUUAAUGUUAGCAGGGAUCCAUCUAGGUUGCACAGACUCACCAAAGGAUGGGAAGAAAAAGUCAAAGAGAAAAGACCAGUUAAUGAGGGACCACUUAUGACUAUCCCACACAGAGCUGUUCCAACCUGGAGACAAGGCUUAUGAAGAAGAUAAUACAUGGAAAGUAGAAUACAUCUUGUUUUAUCAGAAUUUUCUUUACCCAAAUAGAUGACUACAGACAAAUAUUGAAAUUGCCAUUAUUUAAUGAGUUGCAAGUUCUGAAGCAUGUAGUUGCGAAAUGUAGAGAUCCAUAUUUGCAGCCUGAUACUAGAAAUAUUAGCAAUGUGGCAACGUUUUACUUUAUAAAUA